UACAAUUUAAAGUUGUAGUCUUUUUGCUUUCCUUCACGAAACAAACACUUGCCUUCAACCAUGAUUGAUUAUUUAAGAGCCAGAAACACAUUACACAUUUCACAACCACUACCAUGAACAUGAUGGCUGAAGAGCAUAAUGCCGUCUCUUCUACGACACCGAAAACAUGGCUGGAAAGUGUGUUGAGGGAGCUGAAAGUGCAGAGGCCAAUACUGCUCCCGCUGCUAGCCAUGAACUUCACGUGGUUCGCCAAGAUCGCAAUCACAACUGCAUUUCUCGGCCGGCUCGGGGAGCUUUCCCUGAGCGGCUCCACCCUCGGCUUCACCUUCGCGAAUGUGACCGGAUUCUCCAUCUUGAAUGGCCUCGGUUACGCCGUAGAGCCCAUAUGCGGACAAGCCUUCGGUGCCAAGAACUUCAAGCUACUUCAUAAGACACUUGUCAUGGCUGUCAUCUUGCUUCUCUCGGUCUCGGUCCCGGUUUCUCUUCUCUGGCUGAACAUCGACAAGAUCCUCAUUCACUUUGGGCAACAGGAGGACGUGUCGGGCGUAGCGAAGAGCUACGCCCGACAUCUCCUCCCAGACUUAUUCAUCAUUUCCUUCUUGUGCCCUUUGAAGAUAUACUUAACAGCACAAAACAUUACAGUUCCGAUCAUGCUAAGCACUGCGAUCGGGGUAGCGUUUCACAUCCCGUUAAACAUGCUAUUGCUAUCCAAGGGGGUGGAAGGCGUUUCCAUGGCCUUUUGGAUAACAGACUUUGUAAUUCUUCUGAUGCUCUCCUUAUAUACUGUGAUAUCGGAGUGGCGAAAUGGCGGGAAGUGGCAGGAGGGAGGGUGGUUGUGUGAUCAGAAGAUCCGGGAUUGGAUCAGCUUGCUUAAACUCGCGGCCCCUUGUUGCUUGACGACUUGCCUCGAAUGGUGGUGCUAUGAGAUCUUAGUCUUCCUCACCGGGAACCUCCCGAACCCGAAACAGUCACUCGGAAUUGUAGCCAUUGUGCUCAAUUUUGAUUACUUGCUGUUCUCCGUUAUGCAAUCACUCUCAACAUGUGCCUCCAUUCGUGUUGCCAACGAGCUCGGAGCCGACAAUGCGGGGGGCGCCAUCGCCUCGGCCUACGUGUCCCUCGCUCUAGGGUUCCUAUCGGGGGCGCUUGGCGGGUCCGCCAUGGCUUCGGCCAGAGGUUUUUGGGGUGCAUUGUUCACUCACGAGAGAGGGAUCAUCCGAGGGGUCAAAAAGAUGAUGUUGAUUGUGGCAAUUAUGGAGGUGGUUAACUUCCCGGUGGCGGUUUCCGGGGGAAUAGUGCGAGGAACAGCCCGCCCGUGGCUGGGAACGUACGCCAGCAUAUGCGGCUUCUACCUCUUAGCAUUGCCGUUGGGAGUGAUACUGGCAUUCAAGAUCCACCUUGGACUUGCCGGAUUGCUGACCAGCUUUGUGGCCGGAGUGGCGGUCUGCUUGGUGGUUCUGCUGCUCUUUAUUUCCAGAAUCAGAUGGGAUGAAGAGUCCAGUAAAGCACAACUACUGGCCGGCGGCAAUGAUCAAACGUGACCCCAGUAAUCAAUCAAGCUGUUCUUUCGAUGUCUUUUACAAUUAAAGAAACAGCGUUGGAGUAAAUUUAUCAGAGGAACAGACCUAAGUGAUGAAGCUAUCAGAAACAAAUAGAGCAUCCGACAACAAUACAAGAGCUAGUGAUGGGAUAGUAUGAAUUACUUCUACUUCUACUUAUUUAAUGUUAUUAAUAAUAUAUGUAAGUGUAGCUUUGAUUGUAGAGUUAUGCUAGAGGGUGUAUUAGAGCAAAAGGUAUGGAUUUGGCAAGAUUUCCAAAAAUUUUCAGGAGUGUAACUCACUCUUAAUCUUAAAUGUUUUACAUGUUUAAGAUUUUUCCAAGGGUUUACUCAAAACUGAUUCUCUAACUUCUUU